AUGACUGAAGUACAAGUGAAAGCUCACGAAGAAAAGAUUGAAAAAUAUACCAAAGAUGAGUAUAGUUGUCGAUGCUAUCUUUUAAAUUGUCUUGCUGAUCAAUUUUAUGAUUACUACAAUACUACUUACACUUCUGCAAAGAAAAUUUGGAAAGCUUUACAGAGUAAAUAUGAUACGGAAGAAGCCAGAGUGAAGAAAUAUGCGGCAAGUCGCUUCUUUCGAUAUCAAAUGAUUGAUGAAAAGUCCGUCACAGAGCAAGCUCAAGAUUUUCAAAUGGUUGUAGCAGAAGUUAGAUCUGAAGGUAUCAAGAUUGGAGACAAUCUAAUUGUUUGUGGCAUCAUCGAUAAGCUACCACCUUCGUGGAGAGAGUUUCAAAAGUCGAUGCGCCAUAAACAAAAUGAGACUUCCUUAGAGACAUUAAUCACACGUAUUCGCAUAGAAGAGGAAGCUAAAGGCCAAGAUGCAUUGGUGUUUCAAAAUGGGUGGUGGGCAGUUUCUGGUGCCAAUAGGCAUGUCUACUACGAUAAAGAUUGGUUCAAAAAUUUUACUCCCUUUGAAGAAGAGAAGACUAUCAUGCUUGGUGAUUCAAGUAAAAUCAAGGUCAUUGGGAGUGGUGAGGUCAAGCUGAAAUUCACCUCGGGACGUAUAUUGAUGCUCAAAGAUGUACUCUAUACACCGUCCAUGAGGAAGAAUUUGAUGUCGAGUUUUUUACUCAACAAAGCGGGCUUCAAACAAAUUAUGGAAUCUGAUCAAUAUGUGAUUACAAAAAAUAGAGUUUUUGUGGGCAAAGGCUAUGCUUGUGAUGGAAUAUUUAAAUUGAGUAUUGAGAAUAAAGUAUAG